AAGUUGACAUAAUUUUCUCCCCCAAAUCUUUUAAAGAAUUUCCAGAACAGCGGGAUUUAUGAACCGUUUCAUGCCAAGGGAUAAUGAAAGCAAAUUGUGAAGUGAGCAAGCAAGUAUUGACGUUGUUUAUGAUAUUAAUAUGAAUCAAUGUGCGGGAAGGAAAAGCAGUUGACAACAUGUUGUGGUAAAUAGCGAGAUCUAUGCCCUCCCGUCAACCAUUAUCGAAGAAAUGAAAUGGGUGCUUAGAUGGGAUGGGUUGUCAUUUCCGGCCAAAAAAUGCUCAAUUUCCUGCGGCUGGUUUGCUUUGGCCGAGGACAGAAGGGGAAGAAAUUCGCCUUGGGCGGCCAAUUUUUGUCCGUAAUAAUCUUUAGAAAUCCAGAAUUUCCUUCCAGAUCUCUGCAAUGCGUUUUGUGGAUUAUUAUUUAUGACUUCCAGUGAACCGCUGUUGUCACUAUCAUCUUGUAAUCCAAAUCCUUCACCUGUGGAGCUGCCACAUCCGCCUUUGAAUGUUGGCCCUCUGAGCUGCCUCUGCCCCACAGCUUCCUUCUCCUCUUCAAUUUAUGAUGAUGCUCAAAGCAAUUCCUUAGAUGCAAAGGACAAUGAUACUGUCUCUGUUGGAGAAGCAGAUUGUUAUCAAAAACCUCUUGACGACGAUUCUGUUGUGACCUUAGAAAGGUUCCAAUCAGCAGAGUCCCAGUUCUUCCAACCUUUAGUGUUGGAAUGCCCCACAAAGGAAACGAGGCAUAUGGUAUCCUGGGGAUCAAUGGAGCUUCAGGAAUACCCAAUGACACAUGAAAUUUCUGGGACAACUCUGGUGCAGGACAGGGUGAGCAAAUCUCAGCGGAUCCGCCACAGAAGUGUACAAUUCGAAGAUAAUUUUUCAUCGGAAGAGAAUCCAAGAUUAAUUUAUGUUAAUGAUCCAAAGAAGACAAAUGGCAAGUAUGAGUUCACAGGGAAUGAAGUUCGAACCAGCAAGUACACUGUGAUCACAUUCCUGCCGAAGAAUCUUUUCAUCCAAUUUCAUCGGGUUGCUUAUUUGUAUUUUUUAGCUAUUGCUGCUCUGAACCAACUCCCGCCUCUUGCUGUUUUUGGAAGAACAGUCUCUCUUUUUCCUCUCCUGUUUGUGCUUUGUGUCACGGCUUUUAAGGAUGGCUAUGAAGAUUGGCGAAGGCACAGAUCAGAUGAGAAAGAAAACAACCGAGAGGCCCUAGUACUGCAAUCUGGUCAGUUCAGACUGAAGAAAUGGAAAAAGAUAAGAGCUGGUGAGGUUGUAAAAGUAUGUGCCAAUGAGUCUAUCCCGUCUGACAUGGUUUUGUUGGCUACAAGUGAUCCAAGCGGAAUAGCUUACAUCCAAACAAUAAAUUUGGAUGGUGAGUCAAACCUGAAAACUAGGUAUGCUCGGCAAGAAACAGCUUCAACUGUUUUUGAGGAGCACACCAUUUCAGGGCUUGUCAAAUGUGAGCAGCCAAAUAGGAAUAUUUAUGAGUUUACAGCCAAUAUGGAGUUCAAUGGGCAGAGAUUUCCCCUCAGCCAAUCAAACAUCAUCUUGCGUGGGUGCCAGCUGAAAAACACCGAGUGGGUAAUUGGUGUUGUUGUAUAUGCUGGGCCAGAGACAAAAGCAAUGUUGAACAGUACAGCUUCCCCUUCCAAAAGAAGCAGACUUGAAAGCUACAUGAAUAGAGAGACCUUAUGGUUGUCAGUUUUUCUUUUUGUCAUGUGUGCAGUUGUGGCACUUGGGAUGGGUCUUUGGCUUGAACAACAGAGGACUCAGCUUGAUACGUUGCCAUACUACCGGAAAAGAUACUUUACAAAUGGACGCUAUAAUGGGAGAACAUAUAAAUAUUAUGGGAUUGCUAUGGAGACAUUUUUCUCAUUUUUGAGUUCCAUUAUAGUGUUUCAGAUAAUGAUUCCAAUAUCUCUGUAUAUUACCAUGGAGUUGGUCCGGUUAGGACAGUCAUAUUUCAUGAUCGAGGAUAAGCAUAUGUAUGACAGUAGCUCUGAUUCAAGGUUCCAAUGCAGAUCAUUGAAUAUAAAUGAGGAUCUAGGACAGAUACGUUAUGUAUUUUCAGAUAAGACAGGGACACUAACUGAAAACAAAAUGGAAUUCCAGAGAGCCAGCGUAUAUGGAAAGAGUUAUGGGAGCUCCUCUAAUAUCACAGAUGAUUCAAUGCCGGAAGCUUCCAUUUCAGCAGGAGCUGCUGAAAGAAGAUGGAAGCUUAAAUCUGAGAUCAUCGCUGAUACUGAUCUUGUGGAAUUGUUGCAUAAAGACUUAGAUGAAGAUGAGAGAGUGGCCGCACAUGAGUUUUUCCUUACACUGGCAGCUUGUAAUACAGUCAUCCCAAUUCUUAGACGAAGUUCAUGUUCUAGCUGUACAACGAGUGACUUACAUGAAGAAGUUGGAGCUAUUGACUAUCAAGGUGAAUCGCCUGAUGAACAAGCUCUAGUUGCUGCAGCCUCAGCUUAUGGGUACACUCUUAUUGAGCGCACUUCUGGGCACAUUGUGAUUGAUGUCAAUGGUGAGAAACUAAGGUUGGAUGUAUUGGGUCUGCACGAGUUUGAUAGUGUGCGCAAGAGAAUGUCAGUUGUCAUAAGAUUUCCGAACGGUGCUGUAAAAGUUCUGGUGAAAGGCGCUGAUACUUCAAUGUUCAGUAUCUUAGCAAAACAGACAGAUGAGAUUAGUCCUGGAGGCAAUAUAGCUUUUAAUAUAAAAAAUGCAACACAGAGUCAUUUGAUUGAAUAUUCAUCACAAGGUUUACGCACACUUGUUGUUGCUGCAAGGGAUCUUACGGCUGCAGAAUUUGAGGAGUGGCAACACAGGUAUGAGGAGGCAAGCACUUCAUUGACUGAGAGAUCAACAAAACUACGUCAAACUGCAACUCUUAUUGAAUGUAAUUUAAAUCUUCUUGGGGCUACUGGAAUUGAAGACAAACUGCAAGAUGGUGUGCCAGAAACCAUCGAGUCCCUCCGGCAAGCAGGAAUCAAAGUCUGGGUUCUUACUGGAGAUAAGCAAGAGACUGCAAUUUCAAUUGGUCUCUCAUGCAAACUCUUGACACCAGACAUGCAGCAGGUUGUGAUCAAUGGUAAUUCUGAGGAUGAAUGUACACGUCUUUUGGCUGAUGCCAAGUCCAAAUAUGGUGUCAAAUCAGCAAAGUGCAGGAAUAAGGGUCUGAAAUAUAAAAAGAAUUCUGAAAAUGAUUACCUUGAGAUUCCUGAUGAGACGAGAACUUCCAGCGUGUCACAGUUGCAUGCAGGGAAAGCGGUAGGGAUGAAAAGUGCUCCACUAGCUCUGGUAAUUGAUGGGAACAGUCUUGUGUAUAUCUUGGAGAAAGAUCUGGAACCAGAGCUUUUCGAUCUGGCAAUCGCCUGUAAGGUUGUGCUUUGUUGCCGUGUUGCUCCUCUGCAAAAAGCUGGGAUUGUUGAUCUCAUUAAAAGUCGGACUGAUGACAUGACACUGGCGAUAGGUGACGGGGCUAAUGAUGUUUCAAUGAUCCAAAUGGCGGAUGUUGGGGUUGGGUUAUGUGGUCAGGAAGGACGACAAGCAGUGAUGGCAUCAGACUUUGCCAUGGGGCAGUUUCAAUUUCUGAAAAGAUUGCUUCUUGUGCAUGGACACUGGAACUAUCAGCGUGUUGGUUACUUGGUUCUGUACAAUUUCUACCGUAAUGCUGUAUUUGUAAUGAUGCUGUUCUGGUAUAUAUUAUACACAGCAUUUUCAACAACUUCUGCGUUAACAGAUUGGAGUAGUAUGUUAUACUCCGUUCUCUAUACUUCUGUCCCUACCAUUGUUGUUGGUAUUCUGGACAAGGAUCUAAGUCAUAAGACACUACUCCAGCAUCCAAAGCUUUAUGAAGCAGGGCAUAGACAUGAGAGUUACAAUAUGUACCUCUUCUGGAUGACAAUGAUUGAUACUCUAUGGCAGAGUCUUGUUCUUUUUUAUAUACCUUUUUUCAUCUAUAAGGAGAGUUCAAUUGAUAUAUGGAGUAUGGGCAGUCUAUGGACAAUUACGGUGGUUGUUCUUGUGAGUAUUCACUUGGCAAUGGACAUACAACGUUGGGUUUUGGUUACUCAUAUUGCAACUUGGGGAUCUCUAGUCAUGACAUGUGUUUGCAUGGUGAUAUUGGAUUCUAUACCGAUAUUUCCCAAUUACUGGACAAUUUACCAUCUCGUGAAGUCAGCUACCUAUUGGCUCACCAUCUUACUUAUAACUGCCAUAGCAUUGCUCCCUCGAUUUCUUUUCAAAGCUAUACAUCAGUUUUAUUGGCCUUCAGAUAUUCAGAUAGCUAGAGAAGCUGAAAUACUGAGGAAAUGGCCAGGCCAGCUGAGGUCAAAACCAGGUCAAGGUUCAAGUUAACUAGUAUGUUGCUUUCUUGUAGAAGAACUACAAUCCUACAUGGUUCACCAUGAAUUAACUCACCACAUUUGCUCCUUAUGGAGCUGAUCCUCAGGACGUCCACGAUGAGUUUUGCAUGCCAGCAAGCAUAAGGGGAAAUGGAUGAAAGCCAGUAGGAGAUUACUGCCAAGGGGAACAGACACUCAAAUCUGAAGAGCAAGGUCUUGCAGGAAAUGUGUUUGAUGAUGAGAUGAGUCAGAUCGUGAAAUGAAUAAUCAUGGAUUGAUCUUGCAUGUAUUGAAGGUGCGAGGUGCAUAACUGUGGUUGGGGUUGUAUGGAUAUCAUAGGGUUGAAAAUGGCAAGCAGGGGGAAAUACAUAUACAUAAUCUGUGUGUGAUAAGAUGAUCACCGUCUUUCCAUUUUCUUCCCUGAAACAGUGAAAAGGAUGUCGAUUCUAAAGGUUCCAGAGAUUGGGUCCAACCAUCUUCAGUACUAGCACACAUUGUACAAGCCAUGGUGGUAGAUCCACUGAUCGGUAAGCCACAUUACACUGUUGCCCAAGAGUAGCAACACCAGCUGAUACUAACCUGAAUUGUAGAAAUAUAGUUUUGUAUUACUAAUUUUC